AUGUGCGAGCUCGUCGAAAGGCGUGAGACAUGCGAGAAGUGCCGCAGCGUAGCCGGCGUGCAGACGGAACUCGACCCGUGCGAGUCCGCGAUGCAGUCGGGCGAGAACUGCGCGAAUACGAGGAAAACGUCGGAGAACAAAUAUGUUCCCAAGACCACCAACUACCAAUCUGUUUCUCAUAUAACAUCUCUUGAGCCACCAGAUAUCUACGCGUCUUGCAAAAUGUGCCACGUCCACUACAAGAAGUCGCAGUGCGCCAAGUGCAAGCGGGUCAUCUCCACCGAGAGCAGCUUGACCCGGUGCAACAAGGCCUUGUGCGAACCCCCCCGCUGCAAGCGGACCGAAGAGACGUUCCAAGUUGUCGAAGUUUCUAAGCAGGAGUGUGCGCUUUGCAGGGAUAAGCAGCUCCUGAGCAAGGGCAUGCAGCUCGGCCGCCCGUGUGAUGAAGCGCAAGAGCGAGGGUCUAUCUGUGAGACGAUCGCGAGCGACACCAAGACCAACUAUGUGAGGGAGGAGCUUUGCGGUACCUGCCAGCCGCAUGGAUGUGAGGACCCAAAGUCCGGCGGUGGUAGUAGUAGUGCCGCUGGUGGUGCGAGUGGCGGGACUAAUGGGACCGUGGAGACCAAGGAUGCGACUGAGACCGAGGCAUAG